AUGGUCUAUUAUAUAUGUCAGUAACUUUUAACUUCAAAGCAAUUCAGUAGCAGGAAGGAAGAAGACAGACAAACAUGGCUCAACCAGAGAUCACCGGUGGCGAGAGGUGGUCUGUCAAGGGAAUGACUGCCCUGGUCACUGGUGGUACUCGCGGCAUAGGGCAUGCCAUAGUAGAAGAACUAGCACAAUUUGGCGCAGCUGUUCAUACAUGUGCACGUAAACAGGCCGAGCUAGAUGAAUGCUUACUAAAAUGGAAAGGCAAGGGCUUUAAGGUUACAGGAUCUGUAUGUGAUGUGUUAUCGCGAUCCCAACGUGAGAAUCUGAUGGAAAAUGUCUCCUCCAUCUUUGCCGGAAAGCUUAACAUCCUUAAGGACUUUCUAAAUAGUUUCGGCGAACUUGACAAGGAUAGCACUCUCUCUCUGACAAGAACCAAAAAAUGGGUUAACAAUGCUGGAACAUCAAUAGCAAAAGAAGCAGCAGAAUUCACUGUUGAAGAUUACAACAUUGUGAUGGGUACCAAUUUUGAGGCUUCUUAUCAUCUAUGUCAACUUGCACAUCCCCUCUUGAAGGCAUCAGGAAAGGGAAGCAUUGUGUUCAACUCUUCUGUUGCUGGUGUGAUCAGUCUGCCACGAAUUUCUAUCUAUGCAGCUUCUAAAGGAGCAAUGAAUCAACUCACAAAAAACUUGGCUUGCGAGUGGGCAAAGGACAACAUUCGAGUUAACACAAUAGCGCCGGGCCUCAUCAAAACCUCACUUGUUGAUGCCGUGCAGCAAAAUCCUCUUGAUUUGGAAUGGACAAAUGGCGUAGUAUCUCGUACUCCUAUCGGCCGAGCUGGAGAGGCUAAUGAGGUUUCACCACUAGUAGCAUUCCUUUGCUUCCCUGCUGCUUCAUAUAUCACCGGUCAGGUCAUUUGCGUUGAUGGUGGAUUUACUGUAAAUGGGUUUCAGCGCUAGUUAUACUACAUGAAUUCAGGAAUGGAUAUCGGGUGCGAAUACCGGUUCAAAUGUCUUAUCUUUUUAAGUUUAAAUAUUAAGGUAUUUGCAUAUGCAUCUAAUAGUUGGUAUGAAUACAGAGACUUGAUUUACUAUCAAUGUCAGCAUCUUUUUCAAAUAUCAAAUAAAAUUAGAGGGAUUCAACUUCAAGAGU